CAGUCCACAACCAUCAAUACCGACAUUCUCAAUUAUUAUGCAAACGCCCCCCAACUUCUUUUCCCAACCCCCUCGGAACUUCUUACAGACCUUUCAACACCGUCUGCUCAGAUCCCCACCACUCUCUCAGCCUCCUCGUCCGUGUCUCACCAGACACAGCGCGAGCAGUCUCAGAGCAGUGAACGUAGCACUGAGCCUCCUACCUCUGCUGCACCUAACACGAGUAAGACAGAAAGCCAACGCAAGGCACGACAACGUGCCGUUGCCGAAGAGAUAGGUUUUAUUCCUACCGAUCCCGACACUAUUUCGUCACACGAGAAAAAACGCCACUAUCUGGAGUGUCUCGAACAUUAUGUCUUAUAUCUGCACGAGCAAUUGCAUCUCGUCAACACAGCUCCGCUUGACCUCGAGCGCGUUUCUACCUAUCGGGGUCUGAGCUCUCGCAGCAUCAGAACAUUGCUUGUGCACAUGCAAAACACAAACCGCCGCCUUCAUGAAAAUACGCUGGAAGAGGAGCAGGUGUUUUUGGAUCUCUCCGCUGAAGUAAUGGCGGCG